UUGGCUGGAGGCUAACAGAGGAGACUGGGUGGCCAUCUUGGAUUCCCAGACGGGUGCAGCCAAGGACCCAGGAGUCAACAUCACCGAGCAGGCCAGGACCAGAGGCGACUUAGUGGAGGCCAGUGGAUGGGACAGCAUCCUCAGCUCUGGGCUGGAGAACAACACUGUUAAGCAGAAACAGACAGUCGAACACAAAACAACAACCAAACUUAGUCUCCAUGACAACAGACUGGUUGAGACCAGGGUGAGGCGUAGACUUGGUCUGCAGGGACGGGGAGGAGUCGGUAUGCGGUUGGAGAGAACAGAAACAGACUCGGCUAGCGAUACUCCAUCCUGCUCCUAUAGUUGUGAUUCAGAGAGACUGAUGGCGCCUCAGGUUAACCCACUAACAGGUGCUGCCUUCAGCCUGCCUUCUAUAGGAUCUAUAGACUGGAACAUGGACCCUGCGACAACACAGACACACCCUGGCCUUCGACCUCCUCACACUCUCUUAAUGUUAAAUCAGACCUCAGACAAUGUCAGUGCUUCAACACUAAAUUGCUACACAAGCCCAUUGACAAAUGACAGUAGUAGAGACAGAAUCAGUAAAGGUGGCAGCGCCAAAGAGAAGCGCUUCCCGUGUUCGUUCUGUGGGAAAGCCUUCAGUUUCCCCAAACAGGUAGAGGUCCACCAGAGGAUGCACACAGGGGAGAAACCAUUCGGCUGCCACCUUUGCCGGGCUAGUUUCUCGGACUCGUCAAACCUGAAGAGGCACCAGAGGGUCCACACAGGGGAGAAACCCUACAGCUGCCCCCAGUGUGAGAAGAGGUUCUCCCACCAGCACCAGCUAAAGAUGCACCUGAAGGUCCACACGGGAGAGAGGCCGUUUGCCUGUACGCACUGCGGGAAGAGGUUCUCUGAGAGGAGCUACCUCAGGAUACACCAGCAGAAAAUGCACACAGUCCAUGUAUAGUGUAUAGUGACAUGUAUUGUAGUACUAGUUAGCUUGCUUUUAGUCAAUUCUGUUGUUGGAUUUAGUUGCGAACUGGAUGAGGUUAACUGAGGAAAGAAUGAGUAUGAUGAGGCAGAGUAGAUGAUAUGGUGAUGGUUGGUGUGAUGGUGUCUUUAAAAAUGGUCCACUGAUGAAAAGUGACAACCUUGUCCUGUUUGAUGCUUUUAUGAGGAAAGUAUAGUCCCUUAAUUCAUGUUUACUUGACAUUAAGUAGUAAAGAUGUGUGUUGAACCUUUUCCAAAGUAUUCUAAAAUGUAUUUCAUCAACGUGAGGGUACCAGAUUUACUGAAAAUGUAAAGUUUUACCAUAGUGAGAAAAGUAAUUAUACACUGCUCAAAAAAAUAAAGGGAACACUAAAAUAACACAUCCUAGAU